AUGGCCAAGACUCCCUCCAAGAAAUCCGCCAAGGCGCCCAAGAAGGCCGCCGGCGGCAAGAAGAAGAAGACGCGCGUCGAGUCGUACUCCACGUACAUCUACCGCGUGCUCAAGCAGGUGCACCCCGACACGGGCAUCUCCAAGAAGGGCGCGCACCCGCGCAUGUCGAUCAUGAACUCGUUCAUCAACGACAUCUUCGAGCGCAUCGCCCUCGAGGCCUCCAAGCUCUGCCGCUUCUCCAAGAAGGCGACGCUCUCGUCCCGCGAGAUCCAGACCGCGGUCCGCCUCAUGCUCCCCGGCGAGCUCUCGAAGCACGCCGUCUCCGAGGGCACCAAGGCCGUCACCAAGUUCUCGUCGUCCUAA